CCCCACCCAACCCCUUCCCUUUCUCCCACCACCACCAAACCCCUUCAACACACACAAAUAAACACCCAAAUGGCUUCCAAAGCUACAGCCUCCCUUGCCUUCCUCCUCUCCCUCAACCUCCUCUUCUUCUCCCUUGUCUCAGCCUGCAACAACUGCUAUGUCCCAGCCCCUGUCCCUCCCAAGCCCAAGCCAUGCCCUCCCACCACAAAGCCCAGCCCUUCCUCCAGCUAUGGAAAGUGCCCAAGGGACACCCUCAAACUCGGCGUAUGCGCCAAGUUGCUGGGUGGCCUCGUCGACGUUAACCUUGGCAAGCCCCCUGUGACCCCAUGCUGCACCCUCAUCGAAGGCCUUGCUGAUCUCGAAGCUGCUGUCUGCCUUUGCACUGCUAUUAAGGCUAGCGUUUUGGGUAUCAACCUUAACAUCCCUGUCUCCCUCAGCCUGCUCCUUAACGUGUGCAGCAAGAACGUCCCCAAGGGAUUCCAGUGCUGAUUUUGAUCACUGCCAUUAGUGUUCUUCGUGGAAUUAUCUAUCAGUGUGUGUGUCUUUUGAAGCUUCGUUGCAUGUUUUAAAAUUUAUUACAAAUUAUUAUUGGUUGUUUAA